AUGCGUCUCGCUCUCCUUUUCACCAUCGCCUGCGCCGCCGCUGCGCCCAUCGACAUUCCCAUCGGUGCCGUUCUCCCCGGUCCUCUGGCCGGUGCGGUCGCCAUGAACCCCCAUCGCGAUGCCGCCGCUGUCCCCGUCUCGCAGGACACCACUGGCGGUGGCCCCACUAGCCUCGAAUCUAGUGGUGGAGGCCCGAGCAACAAUGGUCUCGGCCUCGAGCAGGGCGGCAUGAGGGGCGUGCCUGAGGCGAUCAAGAACGACAUGAAGCAGAUCUCUGGCUAA